UCCACAGAGAAACAGCACAAUUACAUUUGGAAUGGAAAACGACAAAAAAAAUAUCGAAAGUGGUGCAUGUAUCAUAUGGAGUUGCUCGUCAUUGGGCAAACUCCAAAAGAUUGCAGAAACAACUAUUCUAGCCCCGGUAGUUGUGCCGUGCUUCGAUGUGGCCUGUUUCUCCCCAGAAGAGCCUACCAGGCUUCACCAACUUGUUUGGCUGGAAGGGGGGGGGACAACUGUAUGAUUUACAGCUUUUACUAAGAUGUUCUGUAAUUUGUGUGUCCAAAAUACAUUUGAUUGUCCACCAUUUGUGUUCACGUUCACAACAGUUUAUGAUUUAUGAAAUAGAGUUUCCCAGUAUUUGGGCGUCGAGUUGAUGUGAUACAUUAAAGACGUCAAUUGUUAUGAACGGGA